GCGAGUUUCGCUCUACGAAUUUUCUGUCCUUCAAUAAACAAAAUUCAGCAAUUUAAUUAAUUUAUAAAUCAUGCAUAUUUUCACAGUCAACACAUUUUCAAAUUUUUCGAAAUUAUUCCAAAUGCAUUUUCUGUUUGGGGUUCGAGACGCGCGCAACGAAGUAAAUUAAGUGAAAAUCAACAACAAACAUUUCCAAUUGCAUUUCAAAAAGCAAAACAAAACAAAACAAAACGUAAAAUAAAAUAAAAAUGUUUAAACAAAAAUGAUAGCUACUUAGAUAUUUAAAGGUUUCUUUGUAAUGUUUAUCAUAUUUAGUUUAUUGUGUGUAUCGAAUGAAUGCAAUUUUUUAAGCAUUUCUCUCAAAAGACUUUCAAUUACAAUGUGUUUUUUAGUCAGAAUAUGUUUUUUAAUUGAAUUUCAAAUUGUAAUUCCAAUUGUAAGUUUAACGUAUUGAAGGAAUUUUUGCAUAAAUAAACAAGAGUUGAAGAAAGAUUAAAACGAACCCCGAAUUGUCUCUAAUUUGCCUUAACAGUCAGAUUGACUGUUAUUUGUAUUUACAGCUCUAUGUAAACAUGCAGCAAAUGUUAGCGAAGAAAUCAACCGCUGUACCUUUUGGGAUAUUUUUAGUACACCCUUUGCAGGGGUAAAAUUAACAUAUCACUGUUGUUAAACAGAGCUGGGGCAUGCUAACAGCACAAGCUGUAGUUCAGAAGGGACAUUUCGAUUUGUUGGUAAAUAACAUUUUUGAAAAUUCUUGAAUGAGGUUCAAUUGCGUUGGUGCAAAGUGCGAUGUCUGAAAUCUGAAGAGAUCUUUCAGGUCUAGACCCCGCUUUUGGGGUCGCGAUAAUGCGAUAAUAAUUUGAACAGUGGAAUUACUUUACUGAUAAGGAAAUACGCACUUGCGUAUGCCAAAGUUUUAUAAAUACUGCAAGUCCAAACUUAUGUUAUUUUAAAAAUAAUCACUAGCUCUGGUAAAUGUGUAUGUACGAUUUUAGUGAAAAUGGUACAGAAAAUGUAUUUAAAAGGGUCUUUACAUUAGCAUGUAGUAAAGUUAAGAACCAUACUAAGCAGAGAUAACCGGACAGCAGACUUAACAUAACAGAGAUAACUGCUUAACAGCAGCUGUAAGCAACAUAUUUCCCCUCUUUAUAAUUCGCCGCACUUGUAUUUUUCGGAGUUUCGUUGCCCCGCUGCGCUGCUUCGGCUACGUCAACGUCGUGCUGCCGACGGGACACGUUUGAUGUUCGGCAUGCAGGCGGCCAGACAGAAAAGCUUUGCGCUUUCGUGCAGUCUCGAACGAAUAUCAAUUCGCGACGCACGUGUUUUUUCGUGGACUACACCGCGCGGCAUAUCUGUGGUCUCAGAACAAGCGAGCGAGCGAGAAUCGCGACGUCGUACUAUUCAUUGUGUAUUGUUGUUGUCGUCGUGUGUUUCUGUGGUAAAGGCGGCUUGGCUGUCGUAGUUCUUGGCAAGCAGAUUGCAAAUGCAUUUUUGAUCAGCGGCAAAACGGAAAGUAGUGUGCAAGCAAAUCGUUUCGUUACGAUUCGAUUCGAUUCGAUUUGUGCCAAUUUUUGUGUGGUGUGAAAGUGAAAAGAAACGCAAACGAAAACGACAACGAAAACGUAAAACGUAAAGCGUAACGCAAAAGAGUGUGGCCAGCUGUUGUUGUUGUUAUUGUUGUUGGAAUAUCGCGUAACAGAUAAACAGCUGUUUAGCAACAAUGUAUAGACAAGCAGAUCUUAACUAAAUUUCCCACCGUUCCACAUUCACACAAACUUCGUGUCUCGGCUCUUGGGUAAAUCAUGUGAAAGAGCCAAGCCAUUGAGAAGCAUUAAUCUAAUUCAUCAAAUGCCUCUAAUCAAGCUCGACCGAAACAAUAAGGACAAACAAUAAAAGCAGACAAGUGCGGCAAAUGGAAGGCGACGGCACUAGGAAAAUGUUCAUUGAUGGCAAGUGGCAACGACGGCGACGGGGACGGGGACGGGGCAAGUGUGUUCAGCCAUUGCUGGCAGUGGCAGUUGCAAGGCUGCUACUCAUUGCGAUAGGGCUGCCCACAAUGAUAAAUGCAACAACGAUGAAGGCAACUUUAAUUGCAACAGCAGCAGCUGCCACAACGACGACGAGUGCAACGGAACAGCUCGAGGCGAAUGUUGGCCAGCAACAAGAGGAAAGCAUUAAGUCAAUAUCUGGAAGCAUUUUAGACAACGGACUGUUGCCCUCCAUUCCUGCAGUGGAUGAUGUAUAUAUCGCCUCACUGGUCCAUGACCACAACUAUAACAGCAACAGCAACAACAAGAACAAGAAUAACCACAACGUCAACGGCAACCACCAUCUGCACCACAACAAUGUGGCUCAGUUUGACAAUGCACUGGACGAGCUCGAUGAGCAAGUGGACGAGACAACUUAUCCGCCGCCAGUGUUUGACUUUGGCAUGCCCAGGAAUAUAACGGCACGAACCGGACACACGGCAGCCAUCAAUUGUCGCGUUGACAAUUUGCGCGAUAAAUCGGUAUCCUGGAUAAGGAAACGCGAUUUGCACAUUCUGACUGCAGGCAUUCUGACCUACACAUCAGACGAACGCUUUAAGGUCGUACGCACCGCCGACUCCAAGGAUUGGACGUUGCAUGUGAAAUAUGCUCAGCCACGUGACAGCGGCAUCUACGAGUGCCAAGUGAAUACGGAGCCAAAGAUUUCGAUGGCAUUCCGCCUGAAUGUCAUAGUAACACCGCCAGAUGCCAAAGCGAUUAUAGCCGGUCCAUCGGAUUUGUACGUCAAGCAGGGCAGCGUUAUAACGCUCACAUGCCAUGUGAAGCAACCGGCGAGUGCUGUACAGGAUAUUGGACCAAUUUACUGGUAUCGCGGCCCCUACAUUCUAACGCCCUUUGUGGCGCAUCCGAAUGAUGCAGCCAUCGAUUUGCAACGCAUCUCUAUGGAAUCAACGCUGGCAGAGAAACUGCAGAGCAGAUUACGGAUUGCUAAUGCACAGCUGUUGGACACCGGCAACUAUACGUGCAUGCCAACCACUGCGGAGGCGGCCAGCGUUGUGGUGAAUGUCAUUAAUGACGAGAGUCCGGCUGCAAUGCAGAAGAGCGGCGCAAAUGGAAGCUGCCUGAAGCGGAGAGGCAGUCUCAACUUUAGCCUUGUGCUGGCAUUGGUCGCCAGCGCUGUGGUGCGAUGGAUGCGUUGGCUUCUUGGCUCCGGCAACUUAUCCUUAGUGCAUAUCAAUUGUGAUGUCAGGCAAUCAAUAAGCAGACCCACACAGCAACAACAACAUCGAGAGCAACAGCGAGAAAAGCAGCAGCAGCAACAACUACAACCAAUGACAUCAUGAUAAUUAAGUGAAACACAUUUCUUGUACAUAAUUACACUGAUAGAUAACGAUAAUUUUAUGUGUAAAAUGGCAUUGCAAAAAGGUGUUAUACUUUAUGACCCUCAAUGAACAGUGACAUUUAGUUUUAAUUUAUGCAUAGCGUACAAUAUAUAUAUAUACAUAUAUGUAUAAACCACAUAAUAUAUAUACAUGACAUUAUGUAACAAUAACUAUGACAAAAUACGAGAAUACAUUUAACGAUAGGCUGAAACUAUAAUAAAAACAAACACACAAACUACAUUAUAAAUCGCUGCUAUUGAAAAACAACACACACAUGAAAAAAAAACAAAGUAUACAUAAUAAUUAUAAAUGUAAUUGCAAAUGUGUUAAAUUACUGGUUCACAUUAAUCGAUGUACUAAUUUAAUUUAACACUUUCCCUUUGCACAACGCUUCAGCAAAAAAACGAAUGAAAAUGAAUCACAUCACAAUAAAAAACUCAAUUACAAAUGCAAACUAAUCCAUAUAAGCGAUAUUCGUUUAGUCAACGAUCGGAUACCCUUACAGAGAGAGAGAUUAGUCUAAUUGUAACAUCCUAGCUGUAAGCAUUGAAAUAUCCUGACUGUAAGGGUGUUUGUGGAUAGUCGUAAUAAUAAUAAAUUAAUUAAUUAUGUUGUUAAUUUGAGCAGAGCAAUUUGCGCUUCUCAAAAUGCAAAUUCAGCUAGCUCUUCUUGUGUACAUAUAUAUUAUAUAGUAUAUCGGAUAUUUAAUUUUAUUUUCAAAAUAUUUUCAUUUUCCUCAAUUAACAAAUUGUAUUUGCAAUUUGCAAAGAAGAGCAAAAUUAUAAACACAUUCAAGUCGAAAGAGUUGAAAGAUCCAGUUUAAAUAAAUGCAAAAUAAACUCUCGUAAAUGUCAGCAAAACUAUCAAUAAAAACGCAAACUAUGUACUUGUAAAAUAAGCAUAAGUAAAUAUUAUAAACGACAUCAAACUGCACACUUACAUACAUAACAUACAACACUUUCAGAUUUUCAGAAGCCCGGAAGGAAAUUGAACUCAUAUAAUUUAACACACAACAUAUGUAUGGCAAAAAACUUCUCGACGACAACAAAGCGUGAGAAGCAAUAAAAAUUCAUUUGAUUAAAGAAAUUAA